CCGGCAAGGUGAGUGCUACGGUGUUACAACUAUAAUAAUCGGCCACAAGUUUCAGCGGACUUCCUGUGACACGUGUACGGGUUCUAUUUUUCGAAAUUCUACGCACCAGGGGCGCAAGCGCUAUUCGGUUCUUAUCUGGCGAAAGAGAGGCGCGGCUAUAACCAUGGAUCCCAGUGUACUCGCCAACAUGGACAAGGACGCGUUGAAGAAGCAGAUCGAGAACAUGAAGUACCAAGCCAGUAUGGAACGGUGGCCCUUAUCGAAGAGCAUUACCGCGAUGAGGGAGUAUGUGGAAGAGAACGAGAAGACUGACCCGCUGAUACACGCGCCCGACAAGAAGAACAAUCCCUGGGCCGAGAAAGGCAAAUGUAUAGUCAUGUAAUCAGGACGUAGAACCGACGGUGCAGGGGGAGAGGAAAAGGAGGGCGGGAAGGUAACAUCGGGCGAUGAAGAAUUCGUUUAACCGCGUUCGAAAGAAAACGGAAGGGGAAAAAAUAAGAAACACGUGUAUAGGAGUGGAGUAUGACGGAAAAGAAGACGAGGGGAUCUACGGUGAAGGCAGGGGGGAGGGGAGGGGAGGAGAGGGAUGAUUGCAAAGGAAUUGCGUGACGACGGACCACGUACGAAACGCUGGAUCGUGAUGGAGCCGAACGUUGGCACGGAAGUACCAAAAUGGCAGCGGGAGAUGCGAAGGUAGAGCGAAGCCAACUUAGCCUGGAUCAACUUGUUCGACGAUCCGCGAUUCUUCGCGGUUACCUGUUCGUACUAACUUUCCCGUUUGGCAUGCGAUUCGACGAGCACAGGCGUUUGAACUUGGCUCUUCUCGUUUCUAAUCUCUGACGAGGCCGAAUUUCGAGCAGACGCCUCGCAAGGACUAAAUACGCGAAAAGUAUUUCUGUAUUCAUACAGAUAUAUACAUAUAAACACACAUUAUAUGCAUAAAUAUGUGUUUUUAUAUAUAUAUUCGUACACACAUAUAUAUAUAUAUGUGUGUGUAUUAAUUGGUUAAAACUUUCACGUUGUACGUCUUAGUUUCUUUCUCUCUCGGGUGAGCGAACGAGGGAGCGAGCAGCCGUCUUUCCGCCGUGUUAAGUACGCGACGAAACGUCUCUCGAGGAUUUCAACCGAUGGACGAGAAAAACAGAGACUGAACAAAAAUUCACUCGGUUCGAUAGAAAAAUUGAAAGGUGCAGGUCGAACCGUUGGCGAACGAUCCGGAAUAAAAAAGUUUGGGUUACGGCGAUUUUCGCGCUCGUAAUCGUUCUGACUUGUUAAUAAUUGAUGUUACGCGUCGAGACCACCAUGUGCAAUUCUUACCUGCUACUAUUGAAAACUCUUUGAAUCGUUCAUUAAGGUCAUAACGAUGAUUUAUCUUUAAGUACACGGUGUAAUAUCAUUAUAUGUACACUCGUUACAUCAU